CGUCCAGACCAGUUCGUGGGAAGACAACGUUACAGAAAAAUAAGAACCGUAAUAAUUAUUAAAGAUAUUGUGAAAUUAAAAUCCAAGUUUACACUUUAAAAGGAAAAUAGAUAAAAAAUAUUAUAAAAAAAUUAAAAUAUAAUUUGUGGUAAACGAGAACAUAUAAAAAAGCUAUAAACAAAAACUACUACGCAAUUUGUUAAUUAAUUUACAUGGAAUAAAGCUAUUUUUUUGUAAGCAAAACAACAUAAUAAACGAGUGGUUAUAAAAAAAUAGAAAAAAACGAACGAAUAGACGUUAACGAGUUUUAAAAUUUUAUAUUUGUCUUAAAAAAAAUCAAAAUUUUUUUCAACAAAAUGUCUGCUACUCCACCAAAAAUGAAUGAAGAUCUGCUGGGCGGUAAGUUGUUUAAAUCUUGGAUUGAAUUAAGUACAGCUGCUACAAUGGCCGGUGUUAAGAGUCCGGAUAGAAUUACACCAUUGCCCUUUGCAAAUGGUGAAGAAUAUCUGCGCUUGUUGAGAGAGGCCCAAAGAGAAUCGAAUCAAUCAAGUCGUGUCGUUUCAUUGGCCAGCUCCCGACGUGAUACACCCAGAGACAGUCCCAAAUCUCCUCCCAAUAGUCCAAAUACCGAAUUAUGUGCUGAGGAUGAAUUAAAACAUGUUUAUAUAAAUUAUUGGAAUAAGACUGGCGAAACACAAAAAGACACCGAUUGGUUAGAUGAAUGGAACAGUCGACCAGAUCAACAGCCACCUAAAGAUUGGAAAUUUGAACAUCCACAAAAUCAACAGAAAAAGAAAACCGCUGGUUAUUCCAUACGCCUAACUAGAUUGGGCAAGAAUUCAUUGUUCUCACGUGAAAUUUUAUAUUCCCUUAUACUGUCGAAUGUAUUGUCAUUGCUAUUGGGCGCUGGUUUAGGGUUAUGGCUUAGCAAACGUGGUAUUCUAUUUACUAGAGUGGUUAUCGACUGAAGUGUUUUCUCCAUCAUUCUUGUUCUUCUAAACGAUCUAUUUAUAAAGUGUGAUUUAUAAAAACCAACCUAUUUCUUUUUUUUACAUUUAUCUAUAUACAAAAACAAUGUAAUAUUUUUUUCUAUUCUAUUGCUUUCAAAACAUUUUACACAAAAAAAAAAUAUGGGCUCAGGUUGAAAAAAUACUAAAAUUGAAUUCCUUUUAUUUUACAAAAAAAAUCAUCCAUCGUUCAUGUUGUGUUUUUAAAAAUUCGUUCAUCCUUCAUUAAUUAUUUUUGUUUUUAAACUGUCAUUUGUAUUUCUUUAUAUAAAAAAGAAAAUAAUGCAAAUUUAAAAAAAAAACCGUUGACGAAUUCACCGCCAUCACAUUUUUAUAGAAGUCCGUAGAGUUUUUUUGUUGUAGUUAUUAAGUAAAAACUCCCCUAAGGAGUUUACUUUUUCAAUAUUUCUUACCUUGAAAAGCUUUUUAACUUCUUUGUCUUUGAAAAAAAACCUUCUAAUUUUUUUUUAUAUAUACAUGCAUAUAUUAAAUAUUAAUAUAAGAAAUACGUAUAAUUUUUUUGUAAUGAAUUGUAAUACAAAAAGAAAAGAAGCAAAAUGAAAAUAAACGUACAUUUUUUUUCUAAUUUUAAUUUAUGUAAACACUUUACAAAAUAUACAUAAUACAUACCCUUUUAUAUAUACAUAUACAUAUUUUAAAUAUAGACUUCAUUUUUAUUAAACAUAAUUUUAAACUAUUUAAUACAUCAAAUUAAAAUAAAAGAAAAAUUGAUUUGAAUUCAAAAAAAAAACCUAAAAAAAACGCGUAAAAUUUAUAUGAAAAACAAAUAUAAAAAUAAUAAAAAAAACACCAUACAAAUAUUUAAA